AUGGUCAUUGUGGGCCUUACUGGUGGUAUAGCCACUGGCAAGAGUUCUGUGUCCGAAAUGCUGCAGAGACGGGGCUUGCAUAUAGUGGACGCAGAUCUCAUCGCUAGAAAAGUAGUGGAACCUGGCCAUCCAGCUUAUACGAAAUUGAGAAAGGAGUUUGGGUCGGAGUUCUUUGACGCAAACACGGGUGCUCUGGAUCGCACAAAGCUUGGCGACGUGGUAUUCAAUGAUGCAGAGAAACGUCGCAAGCUCAACUCCGUACUACAUCCUGCUAUUCGUUGGGAGAUGUUUCUGCAAAUCGUGAAAUAUAUUCUCUUCGGGAGUCAUAUGAUUGUGUUGGACACACCUCUUCUUAUCGAAUCAGGAUAUCACAAAAUACUAGGCACUGUGAUAGUUGUUUGGUGCGAAGACGAAGUGCAAAUAAAUCGCCUAAUGCUUCGAGAUGGUUUGAGCAAAGAAGACGCUGCUGCUCGGAUAGCUGCGCAGCUGCCUAUCAAGAAGAAAAUGGAACUGGCAACGAUACUUAUAGAUAAUAAUGGAAGUAAAGAGGAACUAGAACAGAAGGUGGAUGCGCUCGUUAGGGAACUGAACUCCAGAUGGACUCCGAUACUUUUCCGUGCAGGUGUAUACUCACUUAUUUUCGGCCCUGAUGGAGAGACUGACAGUGGUUGUGACCAUUACAAAGGCGUGGCAGUGUUCAGUUACGAAGUCGAAUUUUGGUUGAUCAAUAACGUCCCAGAUUUCCCAUCAGGACAAUUAUUGGAAAUUGAGCUUGAUCUCGCCUGUGUUCGUGAUCUACCACUCCUAAUUCAAAUUUCCAUGGAUAGACCCCCAAUGGACAAUUUUAUGUUUCGAUACGUUUCGAAACUGUGCAUUUUUCUAUCUCAAAGUGGGUCCAAAAAGAUGUUGAUGGUGUUUUCGCUAAUCUUGUCGUCUACUGGUUAUGGGGAUGCUAAUUUGGGUUGCAAAAAUAUGGAAGGGGACGAUGUCGACUGGUUUGCUGCCAUUAAGCUUCCUUCAAAAGGAGAUACAUUGAAGGGUAAAGGUUUUGUGUAUUUUGAUACAGCACAGAAUGACUGGAAAAUGAGCACUGAGCCAGUCGAUAGUGUCAAAUCUGCAAUUGGGGCUACUGUCAACCAACUUUACAACAUCGAUAAGAGGAACACGUUUACUAUCGCUUACAACGACGACAGCCCUGUGGCAAAAGCUGAGAGUGGUCGCGGUCACAGCAAGGGAGUGGCAGUGUUCAAUGGCGAAAUCGGAUUUUGGCUGAUCCAUAGUGUACCAAACUUCCCACCAAUCAAAAACUAUAGCUUUCCGCAAAGUGGUGAGAAAUAUGCGCAAUCGUUUCUAUGCCUUACUCUUAGUGUGGAUAUGCUGGAAGAUGUUGGGCAGUAUAUGCGAUUUGCACAAGUUACACCGUUUUUGUCCAACUUGCCAGAGUUACACAAAAUUUUGGCUCCUUCACUCGUAGAUGUCGUUAACAAAAAGUCUUUACCUCGAUCUGCAACUGUCUUCACAACAAUUCGUUCCAUACAAACACUCGGGGGUAAAAAAGCGGAAGGAUUCUCCAAACAUAAGAAGUUUGAUAAAGAUCUUUGGCACGAUUUUAUUGCUCCAAAUCUCAAAACUUCCAUGGCAGUUGAAACGUGGAGAUCAGGAGGUGCUAAUGACGUCGGAUCGCAAUGCGGCAUGAAACUAGAUGUAUACGACAUCAGCAAUGUGACCGUACUUGGGGACGUAAAUAGACAGGUAUCCCAGUUCAAACGCGGAGGUGGUGCUGUAUGCAUUGAGGACGAAAAGCUGUGGAUGACGUUCUAUCACUCUGUCGCCGGAUACGAGGAUUGUGCUGUGCCGGGCAACUGA